AUGGGAGCGUUGACCAGGGUUUGCUUUCAUUGGAAGCACGAUAAAUUAGUUAACACCUCAGACUAUUGGGAAACCGAAUGUUUUCCCACUGAAGCGACGGACAAGGAAGGAAAACGAAAAGCAACAGAUAAUGGCUACAAAAAUAUUUAUGACGAUGAAACAGAGAAGAGGAGAUUAAAGCUUUUUUAUGUUGUUAAGUUUGAUGGCACUCUAAUAGAAGAAAAAAAUGAAAAUCAUUGGAAUGCGGCUUUGCGAAAUUCUUUCUUCUUACUCGCACUCAAUUUUACUUUUGUUUCCAUGAAUGAGAAUCAUGCAAACAAUAGACAAACGAAACGUGGGAAUACUUUUUGUACAAAUAUUUCAACAUGUGCUAAACAGCGAAAGUUAAAAUUUUGCGUAAAAAAAACUUCUUUAAAAUUUCACUUCCUGGGUGCGCUGCGCAAGACUCGCACUGCUUAG